UGAAAACACUGGUGGCAUCAUUAGGAAAUAGAAGCCACUACUGAUCUGCUGCCAUAUUAACAGUGUACAGCUGGAGAUCAGAGGAGUAAUCGGUGAAUUAGUAUUGUGGUGAUUUUUUUGUCUUUUUCCCCCCUUUUCUCAUAUUCACUGCCUGCUCAAACCGCCACCCUGAAGUUCAUUGUUGUGAUCUUGGCCGCCGGGAUGGUGGCGUUUGUCGGAGCCGUAAUCUGCAUCAUCGCCGCGGUGCACGGCGGCUCUUCGUCUCCUGCAGCCGCAGCCUCGACCGCCGCACAGCCGCUCGCCGAUAAUCAGUCCCUGACUGCGGGUUCGAGUGUGCUCACCUUACCGUCAGGCUCCGUGGCCCGGGCAGGACCCUUGGACGCGCUUCAUGGCAGCGGAGAGAGAAACAGCCCGGGGUCUCCAACCUUCUAUGGGAUCACCGGCGUGAGAACUGGUGGCGAGGGCGGAGAGCAGCAGGUGGUAACAGUCAGCAGGCUGAUCUGUACUCCGGUUCCGGCUGGUGAAUGCGGACCGAGAGACUUCCAGGCUGACGAUCAGUCUGUGUAUGCGGGGGAUCAAUGGGGGGAUCUCCGCGCCACAGCAGAAGAGCUCAGGCGCACCGUGGAGCAGCAGGAAGAGGAGAUCCGCGCCGAGCAGCACACUAUCCGCGAGCUCACCGGGAAACUCUCUGUCUGCGAAAGCGGCACACACGGGAGACAGGGCUUGCGGGUUGGGAGAAGAGACGGCAGAGAUGGACUCAUGAUGCAGGACGACGCGGGAGCGCCCGCGCUCACCGUCCGGGAAUUGGAGAGAGCCAUCAUGCACAUGAAGGAGCGCAUCGAGAAACUGGAGGCAGAAAUGGCUCCACUGGCUCACAACCACACAGAGGCAGGGCAGAAGGGCAAAGUCAGUGUCUCAAGUGCAAUCACGGUACAGGGAGCCGUAGCACAGAGAAGAGUGGAGGAUCUGGAGCGAGAGCUGAAGAGGAAGAUGCAAGUCCUGGAAGAGGAGAGGAAAGCACUUCGCAAGGAAACGCAGAAACAUCAACAGCACAUUGAUCACGGACUGGACGCUGUUCAUCAACGAAUUAUCAGCCUUGAGCAAGGUCUGUCUGAGAACAGGUUCCCAGAGGGUUACAGACUCUCUUUUCCUAUGAGAAGCACCUCUUUGUAUGCUGUGGUGAAGCGGGCAAUCCCAAUGCUUCACGCGCUCACUGUGUGCAUGUGGCUCAGACCUGCGCAAAGCAUCUUGGGAACGGCAGUUUCUUACGCCUUGUCAGAGGAACCUCACGAGCUGGUGCUGCAGCAGAUAGUCCAAGGCCCUGUUGAGCUUAUCAUCAAAAAUGAGGUGGCACAGUUCUAUCUGAAUCUGACGGCUGGUUCUUGGCAGCAUGUGUGUGUCAGUUGGAACAGGAGAGGAGGAGUGUGGCACGCCUACGUGGGAGGAAAGCUGAAAGGUGAGGGGAAGGACCUGGCAACCCGCCACCACAUCCGUCCUGGAGGAACGCUCGUCCUGGGCCAGGAACAGAGUUCAGUGGGUGGACUUCGUUUCGAGGCAUCACGGGCUCUAUUUGGUGACCUCUCUCAGUUUAACGUGUGGGACCGGCCGCUGACUCGGGCAGAGCUUUCUGCACUAGCCCACUGCAGCACAGGCAUGCUGGGUAAUGUAGUCCCUUGGACCAGCCGUGAGGUAGAAGUGUUCGGAGGUGUGACCAAGCAUUCGGCCGAGCACUGCAGUCAUCGUACUAACGUGCAGGAGUGAGGCGUCACAUCAGAAGGUUUAUGUGACAGGAGGAUGGGGUGGUGGGUGUCUGAGACAAGCUCAGGUUCAAAGUAUAAUGGAAAUGCUUGUGUGGCGUGGAAUGUCUAUUUAAAGAAAUUACUUAAACUAAAACUAUAAGAAUAUUGUGAGUAUUGUGAGGUUUUUGUUUGUUUUGGAAAAGAGAAUGGAUUUAGGAAGUUGGAACUUGUGAGACAAAACAUUCCAUGUUUGUUCCUUUUUACUUUGCUUUAAUGAGAGUUACAUUCAGGCAUUACAUCAGUUUGUUCAUUUCUUGCACUUUAUAUUUUUUUAUUCUUCAUGUUGAAGAUAUUACUGAAUGAAUAUCUUCAGCUACAGUGAAACAAGCUUAGAACUGAUGACAAGCUGAAUUAAUGUUAAAAUGAUGGUGUUAUGGGGAGCAUGUUGGAAUGGGAAAACCCCUCCUGGAAAGCAGGUUUGAUUCCUGCCUCUAAAUUGUUUGUGUGUGUGACUGUGCCCUGUAAUGGGAUGGAGCCCUAUCCAGUGUAUCCCCUGCCUUGUGCCCUGAAUCCCCUAGGAUAGACUGCAGGCUCCCCACGACCCUGUGUAGGAUAAAGAGGUUCAGAAAACAGACGGAUGAUUGUCUCAUGAUUAAUUUUAACCUCAUAACCCAUCAUUAUCACAUUUAAACCUUAAACAGUAUGUUUUGCUCACAUCUCCAUGUCCAAACCCUAUCACCAGCUCCUGGAAAGACACUCUAUAUCUUAUUCUCUAUGAUUCUGAUUAUUUUUGCAGCUCAAAUAAUUAAUGAAUGUCCUGAAGGAGUCAGUUCAUUCCCAGGAGCUGAUCAUGACAUUAGAAGAUUGUGUUUUUGCCCUUGACAAAACAUUUACAUAUUCAAGGUCUGAUUUUCAGUGAUCUUUCACUGGGGAGGAAGUGGAAGGUAGAUGAGAAUGUUGUUUGUGUAUACAGAACAUCACAAAGGAAUGAAUAAGCCUCACUCCAUGGAUGAGCUUUUUUAAUUCUUUUAUAAUUAUUCAAAUAAGAUAUAACACAGCUUAAUGCCCAGGAUUUGAUCAUGAAAAUUUCAUGAAAUUGACUGGUUGCUCUUUAAAGCCUAUUAUUAAGUCAAUACACUGAAGCAUAGGAAAUAGGAAAGUUCUGUUGUAUGUAUGCAAUUGAGGAAUGUUUACCUGUACCCACUUAUGGAAUUCAUUUAUUUUAUUUUAGAAAUCUUGGCUCAAACUGUUUUCCUACCUGACCUUCCAUAGGGUCCCAAAUACAGUCAAUAAUCCCUGAUGCAGUGCAUUUUGUUAAGCCAUUAUUGCUGAUAUCUGUAUGUUUAUCUUUAUUAUAACUGUGAUUAACUCCACAUUCCAUAUGAAAUGAGAUCCCAUGGGAAGUGUACUAUGUAAUAUACUGUGUAUGUUGUGUAUAUAUUUAUAUCUGAUCAGAGUAUUUUAUUAAUCUCUGAGUACAGAGCAGACAUGAGUUUCGGUUGAGUUUUUCAUACCGAAACUGAACACGGAACAUAAACGGCAGCACACAGUGGACUUGCAAUUGUUCCAGUUGCACGAGAAGCUGAGAAUAUAUUAAUAUUGUUUUGCACAUUUUUACGAGUGCUGCUUGAAAAAUGGCAGCAGCAUGCAGUAGCACAAGGAUGAAACGCUGAAAAGACUGAAAAAAGAACUAUUGAUCUAUCAUUUCUAUUCACUGUUUAUCUUCUUUAGAGUGCAUUACUGUCUGGUUGGUUGUUAAUGUUAAUGCGGUGCCUGUUAUUUGUUUAACGUUUGAACUUACGUGGUCACUGUGAUGUC